GCCCCCACCCCCCCACCCCUCUCCCUUCUCGCCAACGGCGCGACGAGCGAAUCGCGUGAAUGAGAUGAGAUGGGACUGGGAGACGCCGGCGACGGAAGCGGAGGCGGAGGCGUUGCAGGAGCGCAUCUGGGACCUCCACGACAAGCUCAGCCACGCCAUCCUCGCCCUCUCCGCCUGCGCCGGCCUUCCGGCCUGCCGCUGCCGGGGCGCCCCCAACGGUCACGUAGUCGUCAAGGGGCAGCGGCCGCCGAAGGGGGGAGGGCACGUCGACCUUGCCGCGGCGGCGGCGGCCAUGGCGGACGCGCGGGGCCUGCACGCCAUCCGCGCCGCGCUCGAGGACCUCGAGGGCCACCUCCACUUCCUUCGUGAUGUUCAGUUACAACAGCGUGCCGAUCAAGAUGCCGCGAUUGCUAGGGUGCAGCAAAGUCGCAUUCUCCUUGCUGCAAGGUUGGCUGAACAUAGAGGAAAGGGGCAUGGUGUCAUUGAGGAAGCCUUGGGUUUCGUGGGUGAUGUGCGUGACAAGAGCCAAUUUGUCUCGCCGGAAGAUGUGUAUGGGACGCACAGCCAAUCAGGGGAAGAUGAGGAGGACCGCAGGGGGCAUGGUUCAAACAUGGUGGUGCGUGUGGUAUCCUGCAGUUUUGCUUUAGCCAAGAACAUUUUAAGAUUUGAGAGGAUGGGUAGCGUGCUGGGUAAUGCUACCGUGUUUGCAGUAAGUAUGCUCACAUUCUUGCAGCUUCAUCAAUUGGCCUCUGGUAAACAAACGCCAGCAGCCCAAUAUAGGAGAGCCGACAAUGGUUCUCUUUCUGGAGGGUCAAGAAAAGACAGUAAAGGAAAGCAUUUGGAAGUGUUAUUAGCUAGAGGUUGAGCAAUCAUCAGAUACAGGAAGCUUUGUUCUCCAUUGAGUUUUGGUCGGUUUUGUUAGGUCACUAGGCACUAGCCAUUGCAUUCUUUUGGAUGGGCUGGUCUACAGUCUACCUUCAUCGUUAGAAGCUGUACCACACAGGAUGUAAAUGGUUUGAGAUUAGCAAUAGAUGCACCGGAAGUAUCUGCAAGUCGGUUCCCUUUUCUUCAACUAACCACAACAAUUGUAUGGUACUAGGGCAACAUAUCUCGUUCUGGGGCUGCGACAUUUGAAUCUGUUUGUUUGGUUAUUACUGUACAACAUCUAUGGUGAUGAACUUGGAGAGGAUCCACAAGCCAAUGUUCCCUCACCAGUCACCAGUCACCAGCAGCUGGGGUUGCAAAUCAGGCUAGACAUUGUGAUGCUAUGCUUCAUUCGUUUGCCUCUACGACUAGUGUCAUGGCCCAAAGGCUCUUUGCUUGAUUGAUAACUUCACCCUGUGAUUUGUAUAUAACUGAGCCAAAGUACAAGCACGCAAAAGUACAAUGAGGUGCAUGUGGCAUAGCCUUCAAAGGGUUGAGUUGUGAA